ACUGAAAAAUAAAAAAAAAGAGAGAGAAAAGCUAACUUUUCAUUUCUCCAUUUCAGAACACCUUCCAUAAAUAUAUAUUUAAGAAAAUCUUAAUCAGGAGUGUAGGAAAUGAACGUGUUUGAGAGGUGUUCUGAUUAAAGUCCUUAUCUUAGAUUGCAGGUGUCUGAUUUGAUGACGGAGGGUGGAAAAAAAAAGAGAAGUUGUUGCCACGUGUUUGCUGUAAUCACAAUUUCAAUCUAACUCUUUAAUCCACAGAUAUGACAUCAAACUAAUGCCAAGUGUUUGACUAAAUAAGAAAACAGAAAGGGAAAAAAAAGUGUUGCUUUCAGAAGAGUUUUCACACGCAGGUAUGAUGCCCUUAGCUGACUUCUGGUUAGCCUGCAGCCGUUUUAUCAACAGUUCUAAAAACACAUGCUAGGCUCCAACAGGGGUUCUUGGACGAGUGGGGCCCUGGGCAACCCCCUUCUUCUGCAACCCAUACCAACACCCACCCCACCCACUCAAUUUAUUUUGGAUAGUUUUCAACAGUUUUCCUUUUAAAUAACUUUCAUUUUGUAAUAACGUCAACAUUUGCUUUUUAUUCUCUGAGGUGUGGCUGUUGUACCUGGGCGAACUGCUAAAAUGGCGACUAGAGAGUAUCCUGCAGAACCUGCGGAAACACAGGCUGAAGUUAGAGAAACACAAGCUGUCCCAUCGUUUGGAGAGGUUUCUUGGACAUCAUGUCAACCAAACAAGCAACAAAACGGAUCCUGUGAAAUUGAGCAGAACCACUCCGCUCCAUCUAUCGCCAUCAGGUCAGCGCCUUCCCAAACCCUCUAACAGGAAGUGCUAGUCGUACACGAGGUCUCGCAGACCAACGUGACUGCUUUACACAGGGGCGGAGAGGAGAGGAGCGGAGCAGACAGAGAGCUGCCAGGCUGCGCUGACAGCACAGAGGCUUCGCAUCCGACGGGCUCGAGGCUGGAGCUGGACUUUCUACAGCGACACUCUCCGCGGUGAUAAUAUCCGUCCAGAAAAAAAAAAAGAAAAGGGAGAGAUAUCUUCAUACAUACAGAGAGAGGGAGAGAGUGGACGAAGACGCAGAGGAGGAGGACGCGGCGUUCGGAGAGGCUGACGAGACGAGUAGGAAGGAGAGUCGGCUCCAAGUUGCUCGCGCGCUCCGCUCCUGAGCUGAUGGCAUCCGUACUUGGAAACGGCAGCCGCGCGUCGGGCGCUCCGAGCGGCCAGGUCCGGUGCAAGCUGAAGCGCAGGAGGAGGAGGCGAUCCAAGAGAAAAGAGAAAGUCAGUAUGCUGUCGGCAUUGAUCGCUCCCUUCAAGUACAUAAGCCCUGGGACCAGCAGCACGGAGGACGAGGACAGUUUAAGCACGAGCAGCGCUGAGGUGAAGGAAAACCGCAACGUCGGGAACUUGGAGGAUCUCUCCAUCGGCUCCGGAGAAUGCCAGUCACUUUUCUGCUCGGAGUCCUCAAGAGGGGCCAGCUCUGGCCUGAAGAGGAAACGGCCACUGGAGGAAGACAACAACGGGCGCCUGUGUCAGCUCCAUCUCAUCUAUAAGAAACUCUCCUGGUCUGAGGCUCCAAAGAACGCCUUAGUGCAGCUGAACGAGCUCCGGCCGGGGCUGCAGUACCGCAUGGUGUCCCAGACCGGCCCCGUCCACGCUCCCGUCUUCUCUAUUGCCGUGGAGGUUAACGGACUCACCUUUGAGGGUACCGGACCCACGAAGAAGAAAGCAAAGAUGAGGGCCGCCGAACUGGCUCUCAAGUCCUUCGUCCAGUUCCCCAACGCGCCCCAGGCCCACCUGGCCAUGGGAAACAUCUCCAACCCCUCGGCGGACUUCACAUCCGACCAGGCCGACUUCCCCGACACGCUCUUUAAGGAGUUUGAGGCGUCGCCGUGCUCCGACGGCCUCGCGCUCUGCGACCCGACGAGCAAGAGCGACCUGCUAUCGAGCGAGCUGCUGAGGCACGGACGGCUGCUCUGCCACACGUUGGACCUCAUGGUGCAGGCCCAGCAGAGGCUCGGCGGGAUCGUCCCGGAGCCCGAGGUGCCGAAGAGCCCCGUUGCGUUGCUCAAUGAGCUCCGGCCGGGCCUGCGCUAUGCCUGUCUGUCGGAGCGAGCCGAGGGGAGGCGGCCGCGGAGCUUCGUGAUGGCGGUGCGCGUGGACGGGAGGAUAUUCGAGGGCUGCGGUCGCAGCAAGAAGCUUGCCAAGACGCAGGCGGCCCAGUGCGCUCUUCAGGCCCUCUUCGACAUCAGGACGGCCCCUGAAGGGAGGACUGGCCUCAAAGUCAGCAGGAAGAGUUGUCCUCAUUUACCCCAGGACUUUGCCGAUUCAAUAUUCCACUUGGUGAGGGAGAAGUACCGGUCGCUGGUGGGUGGCUGCAGUCCGGCGCACGCUCGACACAAAUCCCUGGCAGGCAUCGUAAUGACCCGAGAUCUGGAUCUGAGGCACGCCCAGGUGGUGGCGCUAUCCACGGGAACCAAAUGCAUCAAUGGGGAGUACCUGAGCGACCAAGGACAGGUCGUCAACGACUGUCACGCUGAAGUCAUGGCGCGAAGGGCUCUGAUACGUUUUCUCUACUCUCAACUGGAACUUUUCUUGAGUAAAAGGCUGGAGGACUGGGAGGAGUCGAUAUUCGUCCGCCACAAAGAACAGAGCUACAGGUUGAGAGACAACGUCCAUUUCCACAUGUACAUCAGCACUUCGCCAUGUGGGGACGGGAGGCUCAACUCGCCUUAUGAAAUUACAAGCGAUCUACACAGCAGCAGACACCUUAUGAGGAAGCAUCGAAGCCACCUGCGGACCAAAAUUGAGUCUGGCGAAGGGACGGUUCCUUUGCGAUGCCGAGGGCCCAUCCAGACAUGGGACGGCAUUCUACAGGGGGAGCAGCUCAUCACCAUGUCCUGCACAGACAAGAUCACCAGGUGGAACGUCUUGGGCCUGCAGGGGGCGCUGCUGAGCCACUUUGUGGAGCCGGUAUACCUGCACAGCCUCACUGUGGGGAGCCUGCGCCACACGGGUCAUCUGGGCAGAGUUCUGACCCAGCGGCAGGAGCGCCUGGGCCCUCUACCCGCCACAUACAGACGCAGCCAGCCUCUGCUAAGUGGGCUGAGCAACAUUGAGUACCAGCAGCAGCAGCAGCAGGGGAAGGCCACAUGCGUCAGCAUCAACUGGACCCUGGGCGACGCGCAGCCGGAAGUGGUCAACACGGCGACAGGACGCCGACGGGAUUCAGGGACGCCAUCGCGCAUCUGCAAGCACGCCCUGUUCACCCGCUGGAACCGACUGCACCGAAAGCUGGGGAUCCACGUCUCCAGCUCAGAAACGGACCGUCAGCCCAUGUACGGCGAGGCCAAGAUGGCGGCGCGUCCUUACCAGAUCGCGAAGCAGCAGUGGUUCAAGUCUCUGCAGGAGACGGGCCUGGGUACCUGGGUGAAGAAGCCACCAGAGCAGGAGCAGUUCCUGUUGUCCAUCUGAGCAACAACUGGUGUGUGUGUGUGGGUGUGUGUAUGACCUUUAUUUUUUUUAGGGUAAGAUGACGCCUCCCACAGCUUCAUACCAGGAAGUGCACCCUCCAAACCCAAGAUUACGAACCCCUGUACGUGACCGCGGUCUCAUUCUGUUUCGUGUCGCCCUUUCAUCCCGUCACUGAAGCCACCAGCAGAAGGUCAUGGAGGAAAACUAGAGUUGAAAAGCCGGAGGGUUUUUUUCUCCUUUGAACACAAACACAAGUUUAAGCAAACACCCAUCUAAAUGCACCCCUCUGCCCCCCUCCAUUCCUGUCCAUGGCUGUCAAGGAAAAAGGAGGUUGGGGUAACCUUGAGCAGAAUGAAAGGCAGCCGCUAUCUUGUCAUCAGCUAUUUCCGGGCCCUGAGGCUCCCGCUGAGGAGCGAAGCCACAGGGGAGAGAAAGAAUGAGACAGGCUGAGAAAGGGGAAGGGAGGGGAAAAAAAAGAGGGUCCACGUCCAAUUACCGGCCCUGUCAGGGUGACGGGUGAUGGAGACGGAGGGAGGGAGGAAAGAGAAGGACAGGGUGGUUCACCUUCUCCUCUUUUAUUACUGCCUCCAUCCUCCUUCUCUUAAUUCACCCUUUUAACUCUCCUGUGGCCUCUUCCUCCCUCUGGGGGGAGCUAAACAUGACACAGCGACGGGUUAAUGCACCCCUGGAGGAGGCCAGGUGUAUAAAUGACAUCAUUACUUCCCGACGAAGCACAAGAACGGAGCAGGAGACGGACCGGAGAGUUUCUUUGUAAUUUUUCACCUGCUGGUUUUUCCUUGGUCUUAACAAAAGCUCAGUAGCAACAUUAAUUUACUCACUUUUUCUUCCCCUCAGUCCGAUAACAACUAUUAGUGACGUUUUUUCCCCCCCCCUUGCUUUCAGCUCCCAUCACCGUCAGAUCUGAGGUCCAACACCGAUACGUCACCAUCCACCCCAUGUAAAUUUGCACCUUAAUGCAUUUUGUCUUUGCAUAUUUUGUCUGUGUAUCACUGUGAUGUCUUUCUAUUCAUUAUGAUCAUGACUGUACUGUUCCGUCAGCGUUCUCUAUAAAUAAUGGAGCUGAAGCAGCAGCGGGAGAGACAGCGAGAUCCGAGCAGUGACAGUGACAUCUAGUGGUUUCUCUGAGUACUGCACCCUGUUCAGACCUGGUGGUUUCACUGGGACUGUGUGGGAGUUGAGAUGACAAACAGACCGAUUUACACCAAAAACUACCUUAUGUCGGGAAAUGUUCACCGGUUUGACUCGCGUUUCAUUAUUAUUUUUACCUUCAUUCAUUGAGAUCCAAGAGAGACCUAUUUUAAUAAACAGUAGUUAUUGUAGCAAUGAAAUUGGGAUUUAGUAAUAUUUUUUAUAAAAUUCAUAGAGUUGAAUUUAAUCUGUUUGGGCUGGGCUGGACUGAACGGGUGUGGUGUGAUCAGAUCAAGUCCCACUAACAGUAGAACCUGCAUGCUCUUCAAAUUCAAACAAUUCUUUAUUGAUCCCAAAGGGAAAUUAAAUCCACAAUGUAUUGUGAUGAAGCUGCAAAAUUACAAAUAAUGCAUCUUACAGAGUGGCAGAUCUGCACAUCGCUACUUAUUUCAUUUUGAAUUCUUUAAAAAAAAAUUGUAAUGUAACAAUCGCAAACGAUUUUCAGGUGGAGUGGUGUUAUGCGAGACACAGCAACACGGAAUUAUGAAACCAGAAUCAAAAUAUUACAUGUUUUAACCUUUUUACAGAUAAAAAUGUGAAAAAGGUGGCACAAAUUUAUUUACAUUCACUUCUUAUUCUAAAGCCCAUAAACCAAAUCAAAUUCACUAGUAUGGCCUUUAUGGAAGAACAGCAAAGAGGAAGCAUUAGCUUGUACUGCUAACAGUAGUUAGCAUGAACCAGAGCAGUUGGCAAUCACUGAUUUUGUGACUUGAACUGACACUUGGUUAAGUGAGUUGUGUGCCGUCAUUCUGUCUCUGUAAUGCUUAAUAUAUUUGUUACAUUCAUAUUUGACUUUCUUUUUUUUUUAAGAAUUGAACAUAAACUCCACUUCAUCCCCAAUGAAAGCUAGAAGUUCGCAAACCUUGUGAUUUAAAAGUAGCUGAAUUUGGCCUACAUUGAACCUGGAAAAAACGGAACCAGCUGGAGAAAGAUUCAGCUAAGAGCAAAAAGGAGAUAAAUAUCUCCAGCCACUACUUUAAAUUAAUUCAGACACAAAAAAAACUACUGUGGAAUGGGUUUUAUGUAAGUACUGUCUGUCAGAUCAAUAUGAAAGUAUAGGUACAAAUCUUGUUUUUCGGGCAAAUGUGACAUUCAUUACUAUCACGCUCCCUAAUGUUGGCAAACAAAGUUUCACAAAUUUAUUUUUGAGAUAAAACAUAACGUUUGUCUGAAAACUGUUUGAGUGUAUAUAUGUAAAAACAAAUGUACAGAUGAUGAUGAGAAAGGAAUCUAAAAAUGUCCAACUAUGUAAAUUGAGGUACAAGAGGAAUUGCUGCUAAGGUCUGUAAAUUGCACUUCAGUAACAUAAAAAGUGAAUGUUUGUACUGUAUAUGUGAAUAAAACCACUAAAUCUUGUAAUUUUA